AUGCCUGAAGGCCGCCAGUCUCCAUCUCCCUCGCGCCAGAGCGGCCGCCAGAUUCACGACGCCCCUGCCUCGGGCCACGGUGUCGACAAUGCCAGCAACAAGGAGAGCACUAACAGCGACCAGCUCAAGAACCUCCAGUCCAACCCCGCCGAAGGGCCCAUGGACAAGUCCCUUAAGGACAAGUUCAGCAAGACCCAGGAGCCGUCGACCGGCAGCAACUAG